CAUCUGUCUAUUCGUUUUUACUCCGAAAUUGAAGAUCGAACACAUUUUGUGUUUUGAUAACUAUUGUCAUUUUCUGCAGUAUGUCGAACUAAAUUUGUUAUUAUUAAUAGAAAUAUUGGUGUGGUGCAUCAUCUUCCGCGUUGUGUAUUCUUUCCUUAAUAUUAGAAAUGACAUAUUUAAGUUCGUGGGAAGAGUUCGAGAAAGGCGCUGAGAGGUUAUAUCUUCAAAAUCCGAUGAAGACUCGGUAUACAAUGAAAUAUUGCCAUAAUAAAGGCAUUCUAUGUCUUAAACUUACGGAUAAUCGAACAUGCUUACAAUAUAAAACAGAGAUAGCACAGGACUUAAAGAAGAUGGAAAAGUUUAUAGGAAACUUGAUGAGGCACAUGGCAUCUAAAGAGAGCUAAGUAAAGGACUAGAUAAGAUUAGGGACACUUUUUUUUUAAGUAAGGAAUAAAAGUGCUGUUCGUGUAAUUCAUUGUUUAUGUUUCAUUUCAUAAGAUUCACUGACUGAUGGGAUUAUAGAUAUUUAAUUUGAAUGAGGUAUAAAAACUUCCUUAAAUAUACAAUAUGUGCAUAAAUGUCUAUUUUUUAUUUAUUUAAAGCUUCAUGCUCAUUUUGGGUGGUACCGUUGCCUCCUUGUUAAAGUUCUGAAACAGUGCAAAACAGAGUGUAUCGACGCGCGAUUAAACGUUUAUUCGAAAAUAUGUUUUCAAGAAAUCAGAACAGAAGUGUAGUUUGUUGUAAUUUAUGUGAAAAAUACUAGCACUAUUCGGAAAGUGUAAUUGUAUUGUUUCAAUGAUAAGACGAAUACUCAAUGGCAUAUACAGUAGCGCCCGCGUAAGUGACCGCAUUUUUGCCCACUUAAGUGUUAUCGAUAUGUAUAGUUUCGGGUGCCAGGUAUUGUAUCUCAUUUGCAUUUAUUCUCUUUCCUUAUCUCCGUUCAAUUCUGAGAAGUAACCAUGCCCGCAUAAAUGAUCGUGGUCACUUAAGCGGGCACUACUGUACUACAUUAGGUAUUAAUAAAGCGAUACUUAAUUGUUGCCCUUAAGUUUAAUCAAUUUCUUACUCGAUAUUAAUACAAGAGAGAAGCAGAAAGCAAUGAAAAGAAGCACUUACGAUAUAAUGGGCUGCAGAACAGCAUCCAGAGUAGUAUCAACAGGAUGGUAGAUUUCUUGGUUUGAAGACAGUUCAUAGCGUACCUCUCCCCCUAAUUGCAAUUGCGUCUAUACCAAACAAAACUAUUUUACUAAUAUACUAUGCAGAAGAUUGUAUGAUACGACUCACUACAUUCUAGGAACAGCAUUUCGUUACAUCGAUCUUGCAUUUAUUACGUUUUUUAAGGGACAAAAAAAAUUCAACGCGUAAGGAUAACAAAAUGCUGUAACUAACGGAGAAAGAAAUAGUAUACCUUAACCACAUGUAUUUGUAAAAAGCGUUUAGUAUUUCUAAAAGACUUCCACAUUGUAAGUGCAUCUUUAAUAAAGACAAUUUCAUCUG